CCGAGUCAAGGCCCGGCGGAGUGGAAUAGCAUGGGCAGCGCCGGGUGUAGGGCAGAGACAGCUUUAUGUCAGCUUCGCUGCUGAACCUCUAGGACUCUUCGUUAGAGACCUACAGGACUCAUUUCCCUCGUCCAGACUUGGCGGAGAGUUUGCUGGGACUGGUGGGCUGGUCCCAUCCCUGGGGGGCGGAUCACCCGCGGGGCCCGCCUCAGGGAAACCAGGGUCGCCGCCACGACGCGCGGGUUCGCUUGGACUGUGCUGCCUUUCCUGCUGCCGCCUGGGACGUUGUCUGGGGGGUGGGGGGGUGCCGUUGUGCACCCUCAUUCCGAAGAUCGAAGAAGUCGCUCGUUCGCCCAUUUCCCCAGUGCUCUUUACCCCCCGAGAACCCAGUGACAGGCAUUGGCAGGGGCCCAGGAUUGCUGAAAAGUUCUCUCUGGUGCUAAUAUCAGCAAAAAGGGGCUCUUGGCAGGAGCGACUGAAGUUGGUGACUGUUUUGGGUGCUGGCCUUCUCUGUGGAACUGCCCUGGCGGUCAUCGUGCCCGAAGGGGUCCACGCACUGUAUGAAGACGUCCUUGAGGGAAAACACCACCAAGCAAGCGAAACACAGAAUGUGAUUGCGUCAGACAAAGCAGCAGAAAUACCAGUCGUGCAUGAGCGUGAGCAUAGCCACGACCACACACAGCUCCAUGCCUACAUCGGUGUUUCCCUCGUCCUGGGCUUCGUGUUCAUGUUGCUGGUGGAUCAGAUUGGCAGCUCCCACAUGCACUCUACUGAUGAUCCAGAAACCCCAAGGCCUAGCAAUUCCAAAAUCACCACCACCCUGGGUCUGGUCGUCCAUGCUGCAGCUGAUGGUGUUGCUUUGGGAGCAGCAGCUUCUACUUCACAGACUAGUGUCCAGUUAAUCGUGUUUGUGGCAAUAAUGCUACAUAAGGCACCAGCUGCUUUUGGGCUGGUUUCCUUCUUAAUGCAUGCUGGCCUGGAGCGGAAUCGAAUCAGAAAGCACCUGCUGGUCUUCGCGCUGGCAGCGCCGGUCAUGUCCAUGGUGACGUACUUAGGACUCAGUAAGAGCAGUAAAGAAGCCCUUUCAGAGGUCAAUGCCACUGGAGUGGCCAUGCUUUUCUCUGCCGGGACCUUUCUUUACGUGGCCACAGUACACGUCCUCCCCGAAGUGGGCGGAAUGGGGCACAGCCACAGACCGGACACCAGCGGAGGGAAAGGCCUCAGCCGCCUGGAAGUGGCAGCCCUGGUUCUGGGUUGCCUCAUCCCACUCAUCCUGUCAGUAGGACACCAGCACUAAGUGUUCAGGCGGCAGCCCCGGCCAGGGGUUCCUUGCCGUCCAGUGAGAACAGCCCGGCACGUGACAGCUGCUCGCCUCCUCAGUCUUGUCUGGCCUUGCCCAUCUCCACCUGUAUUCCUAGAGUCCAGAGGGAGGUGAGAUGAAAACCUGGAGACAUGGGAAUGCUUUUAGAGUAGAAACAACACAUUACAAUUAGGUGUAGACAUUCCACUGUGUUGUCUUUUAAAGGGCCCUUGGCAUUUUGAGUUUUGAUGUUUCUCUUAACCCUAUUCUCAGGGAAGAUGGAAUUUAGUUUUAAAGAAAAGUGGAGAACGUCAUACUCACAAUGAAAUAGUAAUUAUGAAAAUACAGUAUUCUGUAAUUGAACUGACCCUCCUUGUUAGUGUAGAGGCUCUGGCACCUUGCCCAUUGGUGUGUGACAUGGCUCUCGCCAUGUAAGCCUGGUGCUCUAGCAUCCGUGCCAUAUGCCUUGAUAGAAGGUCACAGCACCCAUUCUUCCUCGAUGCUCACGGUGACUGCAGUCCACUGGGGGCUGGAGUCGGGAAAAUUAUGCAGGCCGCACUGACGGUGACUUUGUGCCAUGGAAAGGGACGUCUGCAGAGACAGAAAGAGCUCUCUCUGCAUGGGCUUCUCACGGCCUGCCAUUCCGGUGCGGGAGCAGCUGGCCUCCAAACGGGUAGGACCAGCUUCUGAGGAGGUGAGGAGGCCUUUGUAGCAUUUCUAUUCAAGUUUUCCUUUGCAGAAUACCUGCCCCCAACACAUUCUUAGAGGAGCCAGGCCUAGGCUUCCUUUAAACAGUUAGAUCACAAAGUAUCUUUGGAAAUGAAGGGAUAAAUUUUAAGUGAACUUGGGUAGUUAUUGACAUCUUUGUAGUAAUCUUUUUAAAAUAAGACUACCAAAAUUCGUGGGAUUUUUGCUGUGGCUGUUUCUUUUACAUGUUUUUCCCUCUGGCUAAAUACUUGGUCAGCUUGGGGUGCUCUGUGUCUGCUCACAUCAGCACCUGUAGCAGUGAAGCAGGUCUCUGUGUGUCAUAGUGGGAAGUGUUGGCCUGUUGAUUUAAAGCUUGUUGAAAUCAUGUCUCUUGUCCCUUCUCUUCGUGCUUCUCUCCUGACUUUUCCCUCCAGCCCCUCCUCCUCACACUUUGCUGCUUACUGGCGGUGGUGAUGUUAAUACUUGUGUGAGAGGAGUUCUCUGAGGACAACCACUUCUUGAACUGUGAUGAUGAAGAUAACAGUGUCUCUAUCUCUGUUCCGUUCAAAGAAGUUACCUUUGUGUCAAGUGCAGCUUUGUUAACCCCUUAAGAUAUCACCCCCUGGUGUGUGAGUUGACUCAGUCACCUAUUCAAACAGCUGAGAUAGCAAAAAUGUUUAACAAGCUAGGGUGAUUUUUUUCAUAUUUGCCAAAAUAUGCCUAAGCUCUGUUUUGUCAAAUAAGUGUAUAAUAUUGUAUUAUUAAUUUAUUUUGAUUUUCUGUACCAUUUCAAAACACAUCGCAUCAAGAGGGAACCAAGACUAAUUUCUUCAGGGCAGUGAAUUUAGUCAUUUGUAAAAAUGUUUUAUAAAAUGUGAUGCAGAAGCCAGCAUGCCUGUGAUUGCUUUUUGUUCUUUUGUAGAUUUGUCACUGAGUCAGCAGCUGUGGAAAUAAAACUUGUGAGCCCCCUGCUGGCUGCAGUGGAGGAAGCAGCAUAAAUAGGUUGUGGUUCUACCUAGUGUCUGGCAACCACUGCACAAAGUUUUCAAAUCAAGAGGGACAGUGUGGAAAGUCUCAGUGACUCUCCUGUGUAGAUGGCCACAGCUGGCUUAUGAGAGGCUUGGGGUCCCAUCUAGGUUCCGCCACGGGUGCCUUGAUUCUCUCUGGAAACUGACUUUGUCACAUAAUCGCAAAUUUUAGUGUCUGGUUUGGUUCGAAUAGUAGUGUUUUCUAUAAUAUUGACGUGUGCAAUGGUCAGAAGUUUGUUCUGCUGGCCAAAGCCUCCCGCAGCAGUGCCUUGCCAUCCUGCUUAAAAGUUUGGCUAGAGUAUCUUGCAAGAAUUAAAACAUCUGACUUACAAAUUUGCCUUCCCCUGUGGACCUUACUAUUAACAAGCAAACCUUUCAAGGCCCUUUCAGCUCUCAGAAGCUAUGGGCUUUCCCCGAUUUUGUAGCUGCUGCCCCAGGAACUACUCAUUUUCUGUCCUGGGCAGCAGGCAGAAAUAGCCAUAUAAAUCUACAGGGCUCACAUGCAGCUGCAGGCAGCCAGGAGGCCAGCAGCACGGCCGAGGCCGCCUUCCUGGAGGGAGCACCCGCUCGUGCGCAAGAGACCACAUCCGUGUUCACUCGGGCACGUUCCGGUUCCUUCCUCCGGUUUCAAACUGCCUCCUGAGAUGUGGAUGCCUUAACGUCCCAACACACUGGAAGACACUGGCAAAACAGAAGUCGCUGCCGUGAUUACAGAAGGAAUUAUUGGCUACCAAAGAGACGCGGUUGGUGGUGAAAAGCAUGGUCCUUCCUCAGAACCAAAGUUAAUGAGUUGCAGUUCCGCUCCCUCUUCCUGGCAGAGAGUUUUCAGGUUCCCAGUGCUCUCCUGCAGGCGAAUGAAGUAGAGCCGUGUUAACCCGUUCCCCUCGCUGCAGCUCGGUCUCCGUCUCAGCAAAGCAGUGAUGUCCCAGGUUUGAUUCGGUUUUCCUGUGCAUGCUGUUGUCAGCUUUCUGUGUUGUAGGCAAAGUUUCUGCACCAAAACAUAAUGUUGGGAAUGGUACUACCUGAGAGGCUGUGUGUUCUCCCCCUCCCUCGCCUUUUUAUUUCCCAGUUCAGAGUAGCUGAGUCCGCCCUGUUGGAGCAUUGUGAAUCAUUAGAAAAAGAGAGGGGCUGUUUGGAGGUGCCAUUUCUUUGUAGAAAGGAAAGUGUAAUUUUUUGGUAGCAGCCUACUUCUUAGUGUUUUCUACCCAAUUUUUCUCCUUUUCAAGGUGUAGAACUAGGAGGACACACCAGCACUGGAGUGUAUUAAGCCCCUGACACAUGGUAGCUAGGUACUGAACAUGGGAACUCUAUGUCAACAGCACAAGCCCCCAAAGAAUGUUCUGCCUUUCGGACCCCUUGGAGAGACUGAGAAUAAUGACCAGAUUCACCCUCCACUGCUGCAGUUCGAGGAGAGAGCCCUCCUCAGAUGCUCUGCGGGGGGAGCUUCCUCGCGUCACAAACUUUCUGCUCAGUAUAGAAUGGCCCACGUCACCCACGAGCACUGGUGGAGUUGCUGUGAAGUGAAGACUCAGGAUGUAACCUGUUUUUACCAGAGACUCCCAGAGUUACCUGGGAGACCUGACGGGAAGUUGUGGCUUGUGAGAAAGGACUAGACAAGCAUUAGGAGAUCUCUGCGUGGGCUUAGCCUAACGCAGUUGCUCACACGGGAGACGCAUUGGCCUUUUUUCUGAUGGCAUCUUCCAGCAAGUUGGAGUCUCGUGGGAUAGCGGGAUAACACUGCAGUUCCCCUGGCUCAGUGGCCUGGGCAGUGGUUCUAAAUGUCCCUUUUUCUGGAUCCUUUGUAAACAUGAAAUCAUUCCAUGGAUGGCUGCCUUAUAAUUUUGUCUCUUUCCACUUUAAUUGUGAAUGGUUAAAAAAAAUUGCUGUUUUCUGAUUUGUUUUAUGAUAUUAAAUUUUUAUUAGUGCAUA